UUUACUCGGUCCGGCUGCAGCCAUCCCGAGGGCCAGAGAUCAAAGGAUGAUGACGAUGGUGAUGCAUUUGGCGACUGACAACACUGCACACUAGGUCAUAAUCGGAACCUCAGAAGUCAAAUGCUGUCCUCCGUCAUUGCCAGAAGACUGGUGACAGGCAUGUGCCAGACAGCAAGAAGACCUGUGAUCGCUGGGCUGGUAUCGACCCGUUGUUACCGUGGCGAUGCACCUGAAGAUGCCAGGACUGACCUGAUUGAGAUCCCUUUGCCUCCUUGGGAGGAAAAGCCCGGAGAAUCCAUUAACAUCAAGAGACGGCGCCUGCUCUAUGAGAGUCGUAAAAGGGGCAUGUUGGAGAACUGCAUAUUGCUCAGCCUUUUUGCCAAGCGAUACCUGAAUACAAUGAGUGAGACCCAGCUGCAGCAGUAUGACAGACUAAUCAAUGAACCAAGCAAUGACUGGGACAUCUACUACUGGGCAACAGAGACGCAGCCCACCCCAGACAUUUACCAAGGAGAGGUCAUGGAUAUGCUAAAGGAGUUUACAAAGAAUCGCAAUCAGGAACAAAGGUUGGAUGCACCUGGCUUGGAAUACUUGGAAAAGGAAGGCUGACAAGGAUCCCCCCUUCACCCCAACAUAUUCUUUUUCAAUUAGGUAUUAACUAAAAUAAUGGUAACAUGACCUACUAUGGAACCCCACUGCCUGUACCUCUAUAUUUUAUCAAAGCAGUCAUGUGCAAUGUAUAUUGGGCUGCGAUACAUUGAAGACAUUUUAUUCUUGUUUUAUCCAAUUGUAUCUUGAUAUCAGAGGCGUAAGAUUGGAGGCCUAAAAAAUGAUUGGUACGUGAGAGAUAGUAUGGUAGAAUAUAAACUGCUGUACAAUAUUCGUUCUGGAUAAAAUAUACUGUAAAUAUAUUUUUGUGUUGUGAUUAUUGUCAACAACAUGCAUGUUAUUUAAUAAAUGUACGCAGGAACUGAA